ACAAAAAUUGUGGUCACCGUAAUUCUCACAAUUCUCGAUAAAUACAACCACCUCAUCCGGUUCCCAGGCCCAGUAGAUUCCUCUCCAGAUUCAUUUCGCUCAUCAAAGGAUCUUGGCAUUGAAAAUCUGUGAUUUGUUUUUAAAGGAAGAUUAGGUUAGGUAACUUGUUGGUAUGGGAGUUGUGAGUUUUUCUAGCUCAGCUUCUCGUACUCCACUUGGAUUGAAUACAAAUUUUUCCAGCUAUCGUCUGAAGAGACCAUUAACUGUGGCAUUUAAGGGGGAUAAACACAAUGACUCGGCUUUGGUUGCAACACAAGACAAAGUUCCUGUGCCUCUUGAAACGGCCAAGACGCAGAAGAAAAGGGUAGGGAAAACUAACAAAGUACCUAAGAGAGAAAGAGUGGAAAAUUCUUCAUCUUCCUCGGAUGUGGACUACAAUGAAGCUGCUGCCAUGCUUGAAAAUAUAUACAAACUCAGUCCCGCCGGUGAUGCAGAAUGUGUAGAUGGUAAAAUCAAAAGAGUCUCUCGGAGAGGGAAAAGGCUUGUUGAUGGAACUGAAAAAAAGGAGUUAAACAGUGAUAGGGUGGUCAGAAGCCAGAACAAGAUAGCUAAACGAUUGAAUCUUGAUCAGAGAAUUUCAUUAAAGAAGAAUCAAGGUGGGGAUGGAGUCAUUCCAGGUCGAAAGAGGAAAAAUGUUAAGAAUAGAAUUGAGAAAAUUGAAGAGCUUAUUAGGGAAUAUUCAGUAUCAACUGAUUUUGUCAGUAUGGAUUGGAAGAAAAUGAGGAUACCCCCGGUUCUUUCUUCUUCUGAGCAUGCUUGGUUGUUCAAAUUGAUGCAACCUAUGAAGGCACUGCUUCGAGUGAAAGAAGAUUUACAGAAGGAGCUUGCUAGAGAACCUGCCGAUGGAGAACUAGCUGAUGCAACAAACAUGAGCAUUGCUCAAGUAAAGAAAGCAAUGGAGGUUGGUCAAGCUGCACGAAACAAACUUAUCAAGCACAAUCUCCGGCUUGUCUUGUUCGUGAUCAACAAAUAUUUUUCAGAUUUUGCAAGUGGCCCUAGGUUUCAAGAUCUUUGUCAGGCAGGAGUUAAGGGACUUAUUACAGCAAUUGAUCGUUUUGAGCCUAACAGGAGAUUUCGGCUAUCAACAUAUAGUUUGUUUUGGAUAAGGCAUGCUAUCAUUCGUUCGAUGACCCUCUCAAACUUCACACGUGUUCCCUUUGGACUUGAAUCGGUUCGAGCAGAGAUCCAAAAGGCUAAAACUGAGUUAGCAUUUGAGCUUCAGAGGUCACCAACAGAGGAAGAAAUAAUAAAAAGAGUUAAUAUAUCCCCUAAAAGAUACCAUGACAUAAUGAAAGCAUCAAAAUCCAUUCUUUCGCUGAACUCGAGACAUACAACCACACAAGAGGAGUUCAUUGAUGGGAUCGUUGAUGAUGCUGCUGUUAAUGGUGAUAAGAGGCAACCUGCUCUACUAAGGCUUGCUCUUGAUGAUGUGCUUGAUUCCUUGAAGCCAAAGGAGAGCUUGGUGAUCAGACAGAGAUUUGGACUUGAUGGGAGGGGUGACAGAACGUUGGGAGAAAUUGCUGGGAACUUGAAUAUAUCUAGGGAAAUGGUAAGAAAGCACGAAGUGAAGGCUCUUAUGAAGCUCAAGCAUUCAGCUCGAUUGGAUUAUCUUCGUCGCUAUGUUGUAUAAAUAAAUGACUAAUGUAUAGAAACACCCUUACCUUGUUAUACACCAUACUCCUCAUUUAUAUUACUGGUCAUUUAAAUACCAACAAUCAUAAUCAUACUCAUGUAAUUUGUAUAUCAUAUACUUGAAAUUACACAAAGUAUAUAACUGCUUAUACUUGUUACAUACAUGUGAAUGUGAUGUACUCUGUUUGGCGUUUUU